CGACUUCUCCCUUCGACCUCAUCGCGUGAUUUAACGUGACCACCAACCUGUCUAAUGAGCUCGAUCCCUUCUCAGUCGGGCGUUCAACAAGGACAGAGCACCGCUACCACCUCUCCCAAGCCCGCCGCAACCCCCCUGGCUGCGACUGCCCCGGCGCCAACUAGGUCCUACGCCAACGCUACAAAGAAGUCUGCGACGGAUUCCUCCGCCGCUCCCGUCACUGUGGGUGGCUCAGCGCAACAUGGGAAGUCGACUUCCGUAUCUCCUGUGAACGGCAAACCCAUGCAAACCCAACCCGCUCAGCAGGCUGCCUCGGGUGUGACCAUCGUCAAUGGCGCCCCAACGGCUCCUGCUUCUCAAGGUGAUCACUCCCGAAAGCCUUCGGUGACCAUCACCUCUGCCGGCACUUCCGGAUACAUGCCCAACGGCGGCCCUGCCAGCCGGCCCAACAGCCUUCAGUUCGGUUUCGCCAACCAGCAGAGCUCUCCUAACAUGGGCAAUCCUGCCGUUCUCGCUUCCAACCAGUCGCAGUCUGGCCUGGGUGCCCCGUCGACAAACCCACGUGUGACCUCACCGCAGACUUCUCCGUCCCCCAUCCCACAGCCCGCCUCCAGCGGUGGUCGUCCCCCAUCCACUUACCAGGCACAAGGAAACGUUCCCAACUUUGGAAGCUUCGGAGAGAGCGGCGAUAACAACUUGCGCCCAACUUCACAGGCUCCUCUCGGUCCCGGUCCCCAACAUUUGCGUCGCGAAUCUUCUCAGUCCACCCACAGUGAUAUGAGCAACCACAUGGGUGGUGGUCCUGGACGCGGUGGCUACCCUCAGGGUGGCCGCGGUCGUGGAUACUCCCAGUCCGGAUACCAGGGACAGAUGCCCUAUUCACCAGGCCCGAACUUCCGCCAACCUCACAACCAGCCCCGUGGCGGUCCUAACAUGGGCCCUCAGUUCCAUGGCCCCAACCAAGGCCGUCCCCUCGCGGCCCCCUUCCCGAACUCGCCGCACCAAGCCAACCGCAGCCCGGCGCUAGCUAACGCCCACCCGACCACUCCUCAAAUGAACCAGGUUCCAAUGGCCCACCCGCAGAUGCCGCCCCAGCCCUACGGCUAUGGACAGCACAUGGGUCCCCAAACUGUGAGAAACCCACCCUUUCGUCAUUCUAAAAACUCCGCCCGGCGUGGCAGUGGCAGUUACAAACAUAAUCGGGGUGGGCGAGAGACUGUCCCGAGUUCUCGCCCACCCCCUCUGGAUCUCGCGCCUCAAAGUGGCAAUUUUGAACGCUUUCUGACAUUACAUCACACUCGACAGGCCUACCCUCCCUACGACCCCAACUAUGGCUAUUACAACCCCGCCUAUGGUAUGGGAGGACAAAUGCAAUACAUGACUCCCCCGUCGCCCCAACCCCGUCCUGGCAUGCCCUACAACCCCCAGGCUCCCGGCUACAUGCAGGGCCAGUACCCUGUUCAACCCCCACCGCAGUCUACUCCCCUCUCGCGCACUCCCUCCCAAAUGUCUACUGACCGACCCGGCUCGAGUCUGGGCCAGCCGGCCCCUGCUGGUACUCCGGCUGCUGCUCACACUCACACUGGCAGCAGAUCUUCUAACAGCCCCGCUCCUGCGAAGCCCAACUUUAUCAUCCCUUCCGCCAAGAAGAGCCCCAUCGUCAUCAAGGACCCCGGUAGCGGUGUUGUGAAGACUUUCGGUUCCCCUGCUUCCCCCGCUCGUGCUACUCCUUCUCCAGUGAAGGUUGCCACUCCUACAGCAACCCCGCCACCCCGAACUGCCAGCGCCUCUGACCAUGCUCGGACUGACAGCAAGGCUGGUGCCAAGACUGAUGAGGAGAAGAAGCAGGAAUUGAAGGAUGCUGUUCGCCAGAAGAUUCAGGAGGAUGAGGCCGCUCAGAAGCGUCAGGCCGAGGAGGCCACUCGCAAGACCACCGAGGAGCCCAAGAAGGACGAGGAGAAGAAGGUUGCUGAUGCCGAUUCUGCUGCCGCUGCCCUGCAGGACUUGAGCUUGAAGGACAAGGCUGCUCCUGCCGCUGCCGCUGCUGCUGCUGCACCUGCUACUGAAGCCCCUGCUCCUGCGGCUGAGGAGCCCAAGAAGGCACCCGCCCCUGCUCCGCCUGCGGAUGAUGAUGAGCCCGACUUUGACGCCAUUGAGCGUGAGAUGGCUGAGAUUGAGGCCAAGGAGCGUGCCGCUGAGGAGGACUACUACCGCAAGAAGCAGGAGAAGAAGGAGGCUGACGAGCGUAAGGAGCGUGAGGAUCGUGAGGCUUACGAGGCCAACAUGAAGAAGGCCGAGGCUGAGGCUGAGGAGCGCGAGCUUGCUCGUGAGAAUGCCCGCGCCAAGGGUGAGGCCACUAGCAGCGAUGACCUCUUUGCCUCUCUUAAGAAGGGUGGUUUGGCCGCCACCGAGUCGUCAACCCCUGCUGACAGCGGCGCCGCUACUCCUGUUUCGUCUGACAUGUCCAUGGGACCUCCUGGUAAGCCCGCCAGUGCUACUGCCAAGAAGCCUGCUGGCCUGAAGCUGGAUACUCCCAAGCCUACCGAACCUACCGAGCCCAGCGCCGCUAUGAAGUCUUUGCAGAACGCCAAGUUCAUCGAAGACUUGGCCAAGGUUGUCUACCCAUCCUCUGUCACGGGCCCCAACCUUGCCCUGAACUCGGACAGCCGCCGAUUCCACUACGAGCGUGAUUUCCUGCUCCAAUUCCAGGCUGCCUACAAGGACAAGCCGUCCGUCGACUGGGACAGCCGUAUUCGUGAGACCGUUGGCGACCCUACUCAGUCCGCUCGCACUCCCAUGACCAGCCGCCAACCCUCUCGCAAUGCCAGCAACCAGGGAUUCCAAAUGGGAUCUGGCAUGAUUAACCCUGUUGGUCGCGGUAGCAUGCCUGGAAAUGCUCCUGGCCGUCAAUUCCAACAAUUCCCUCCCCGCAUGGGUAGCGGCAUUGGUGCCAAUAUGAUGCGCCAACACUCCAGCUCCAUGCCUAUGUCCCCUGGUGGUCGUGGUUCCAGCAAGGGUGGUCGCGUGGAUAGCAGCAAGCGUGGUGGCAAGAACCCCAAGAAGGAGGGAGAGAACGACAAGUCCAUGCCUCUUACUGCUGGUAUGAAGCUGGAAGCUAUUCAAACUUCUGCCACUGGAUGGAAGCCUCGCAGCGUUGGACAGGCUUCCGCUGGCCCCACCCCUGGAGGUCAGGCUGGUUACAUGGCUCCUGAUGUUGUGCAGCGUAAGGUCAAGUCUGCUCUCAACAAGAUGACCCCUGAGAACUUUGAUCGUAUCUCUGUCCAAAUUCUCGAUAUUGUUUCACAGUCCAAGGAUGAGUCCGAUGGCCGCACUCUCCGCCAAGUCAUUCAGCUUACAUUCGAGAAGGCUACUGAUGAAGCUCACUGGGCUCCUAUGUACGCUAAGUUCGCCAAGGCCAUGCUCGAGAGCAUGAGUGCCGAUAUUAAGGAUGAGAACAUCCGGGAUAAGAACGGCAAUGUCGUUGCUGGUGGCAGUCUCUUCCGCAAGUACCUGCUCAACCGCUGUCAAGAGGAGUUCGAGCGUGGCUGGAAGGUCAACCUUCCUGAGAAGCCCGAGGGCUCCUCAGAGGAGGCUCAGAUGCUUUCUGAUGAGUACUACAUUGCCGCGGCUGCCAAGCGUCGUGGUCUUGGUCUCGUGAAGUUCAUUGGUGAGCUGUACAAGCUUGGCAUGUUGACUGAGCGUAUCAUGCACGAGUGUGUGAAGAAGCUUGUUGAUUACGACGGUAUGCCUGAUGAGGCUGAGGUGGAGAGCUUGACCAGUCUCCUGCGCACCAUCGGUGCCAGUCUGGAUGCUUCUGAGAAGGGCCCUGCCAUGAUGGAUGCUUACUUCGCUCGCAUUAACAUGAUGGUUGAGACACCCAACCUGCCCAGCCGUCUGCGUUUCAUGCUUAUGGAUAUUAUUGAUCUGCGUGCUAAGCGCUGGAACUCCAAGGAUGCCGAUAAGGGUCCUAAGACCAUCCAGCAGAUUCGUGAGGAGGCUGCUCGUGCCCAGCAAGCCGCUGAGCAAGAGAAGAUGCGCCAGCAAGCCAACCGCGGUGGCGGUGGUGGUCGCCCCCAGAUGGGCCGUGGUGAUGCCCGCGGCUUCGGAUACGGCCAGCAAGCUCCCCCUCCCGACUACGCCUCCAGCAAGGUUGGCAGUGACGACCUGCGCCGUCUGCGCACCACUCGCAACCCCAACCAGCCCAUGUCCUUCGGUCCCUCAAGCAUGCUCGGCUCUCGAAGCAGCAGCGGCCGCAAGAACCUGGGCCCGGGUGGCAACCUCGUUCGCGGCAGUGAUGACAGUGCCGCAAGCAGCCGUACUGGUACUCCUCCUGCCGGCAAGAAGGAGGACAAGGAGGCCGCCUCUUCCAUCAACGCUUUCAGUGCCCUCGCCGCCCUGGAAGAUAAGGAUAAUCUGGCCACUUCGCCCCCAUCCGCCCACAACUCCCCCGUCCUCACCAAGUCGCAGCCCGCGGCCGAGCGCCGACCCUCAAAAACCCCAUCGAAGGAUGGCGAGAACGCAGCAUAG